GAAUGAAGGGAUACCUUGACGUCAUGUGACUGCCGCGUCACGUCGGAGACAGUACAGAGUACUCUGUAACACAGUAACACAGUAAAGAGUCUCCAACUGUUCUCUCCUCCUCGAAUGAAACGGUGUUGAUGACAGAAAACAAGAAAUGCGCGUCAACCUGCUCACCUACCUUCUGGCCGUGUGUCCCUUCUCGAUCGCCUUCCUGGUCUUCGUCAACGCCUCCAUCUCCUUCGUGGUCACGGAUCUGAUCGGUCGGACUCAUGGCGAGGGCGACGCCGUGGGAACCCUCGGCUUCGCAGACGAGCUGCUUGCUCUGCUGGCAUGUCCGGUUUGGGGUGUUUUAUCGGAUAGAAUCGGUGUGAGAAUGGUCUGCGUGAGUGGAUAUGCAAUCAUAGCAUUUAGUCUACUGCUUCUCGUCGAGGCGAAGAACGUCUACCCCCAUCUCCUGCUCGCAAGACUACUCUUCAGUAUUGGCGGAGCUGCUGUCUCGACCAUGGUCACCGCCGUCCUCCCCGCUGUGACGGGGAAAUCGUUGCUGAGCACCGGCCAGACACAGAGCCAAGCCCAGGCGUAUCGGGUUUCCGUCUCGUCGGAGCUGACCAUCACCCCGCACCGGUUUCUAAACCGACGUCGUGUCAACGAAACAGAAAGGGUAAGAGGAGGAGGAGGAAGAGGAGGAGGAAACGAUGCUGCCGCGCCGCUGGCAGGGUUCGUGGGCAUGUUUGCCGGCUGCGGCGCUCUCGUCGCGCUGACUGUUUUCCUUCCGCUGCCUGCUCGGUUUGAGAAGGACGGCCUGUCGCCCGCCGAGGCCAUCCGGAAGAGUUACCACGUCGUCGCCAUCGUCGCUCUGGCCGUCAGCCUGUGCUGCUUCGUGGGGCUGAGGAAUCUGCCAGGUGAAGAGCACAAGGGUUGGAGGUCUCUGCGUUCGGGGAUUUCCCUUCACGGGGGAACCGGCGUGGCCCCCUCCUCCUCCUCCUCUUCCCUACCGUACUGGAAACAGCUUACCACGGCGCUUGGUCUGGGCUUCCGUAACCCAGACAUCGGUCUGGGCUAUAUCGGCGGGUUUGUUGCGCGGGCCUCCUCGGUGGGCAUCUCGCUGUUCAUCCCCCUCUUCGUGAACCACUAUUACCGCGUCUCGGGUCUCUGCGACGAAUCCUCAGGUCUCGUCGCCGACACCGACGCGGGGCUCGGCGACAUCAAACGCUCCUGUCCAAAGGCAUAUAUCCUCGCGUCGAUCCUGACGGGCGUGUCGCAGCUGAUCGCGUUGAUCGCGGCGCCCUUCUUCGGUUUUCUCUCCGCCCGCUCCCGACGACAGUACCACGCGCCGCUGUUUUUCGCCGCCGUCGCAGGCAUCAUCGGCUACAUUGUCUUUGCGCUGCUGCCGAGCCCGCAGUUCAAGGGACCCCAGGGGAACGGGGGGGUCUUUGUCGUCAUGGCCUUGCUGGGGAUUAGCCAGAUCGGAGCGAUCGUAUGCAGUCUCGCAGUGCUCAGUAGGGGCAUUCUUAGCGUCACCAGCGCGGAUCAUGUUGAUACCACGGUACAACAUGGUCAUACACGACAAGACAUAAUUGACGAGGAGGAGGAAGGAGAAGAAGGAGAAGAAGGAGAAGGAAGAGAAAGACGAGAAAGAGGAGAAGACGAGGAAGAACCACCUUUCUUCCCUAAACAACAGCAGCUAUCACAUCUCAAGGGAUCCAUCGCAGGCGUGUACUCUCUGUACGGCGGCGCGGGGAUUCUGCUUCUCACCAAACUCGGCGGGCUGCUCUUUGACGUCUCUUCGCCGGGGGCGCCGUUCUAUAUCAUGGCGGCCUUCAACGGGCUUCUCCUGGCAAGCUCGGUGGCCGGGUUUUCUACCUACUAUUCUCUCUCUCGCCGUCCGCGAUGGUUGUAGCAGAUUAAAAAAA